AUGCAGCUAAGUCAGCUGGUCAUAAUACUAGCAGUGUCCCGAGGAUCAGUUUAUGGAUCUUUUGAGACGGCGCCGCAGUUUAAUGUGGGUGAAAUACCCCGCAAUGGACAGCCCUAUCAGAUAGUUCGCGUUAUUGAGUAUAUAGUACCCUAUCCCUACCAGAGAUCACCGAAAGUUUCCGCUAGAACCUCAAGCGGAGUCAACAAGGAACCCAACAGCCUAGAGAUAAUUCCCGCUGAAAUCGAGACUCUCAUUGCCGAUGGACAAGCCACAACAGAGGCACCAAAGGCAGUGAAGCAUUACCUUAUGCGAAUCCUUUAUGAAAACAAAGUCAUUUGCAGUGGUGCUCUAAUCUCCACUCGUCUGGUUUUAACCUCCGUCCACUGUUUUCCCAGGACUCUGCGUCAACCUCCACCUCGCUCGUACAAACUGCAAGCUAGUCGGAGUCGGAUAUAUUCGGUGGCCAAUCUAAUUACCGGCGCUAUUGAGGACAUGGCCCUAUUACUGCUUCAGGCUCCACUGGAGGAUCCCUUCGUCCAUCCGAUUGAUCUCUGCGACUCACCUCUCCGAAGGAAUGACAAUGUAACCAUGUACAUGUCACAGCAACAUCUGCGCUUCCUGCGCACCAAACUCAUUCCCAAUAGCAAUUGCAAAAGGAGCUAUGCCCAGGACGAGAACGCCUUCAUCACCCAGAACAUGUUGUGCGCCCUGAAUUCAAACAGAUUGGUGGACUGCCAGACGGCCAAGGGGGAUGUCCUGCUCCACCGGGAUCGGUUGUGCGGAGUGGACAUUUACGGACAACACUGCUCCGAUGGGGGUGUCAAUGGAGAGCUGUAUGCCGACGUCUUUAAGGCCCGGACUCAACUGAUGCACUUGAUUGAGCGCUAUUCGAACUAAAUGAUUUAACUGGCAAAUUACCGAAUAAAAAAUACAUUAACUUAGUUACUUUGCUUUGGUUGUUGAAUAAAAAUUUUUAAAUCACAUCAGAAAGUUAGAGAUUGCACAUAGAUUUACUGUCGCUGUUCAAUGUUCGUGUGCUGCCCAAAUCGAAUCAAUCUCACUAAACAAACACUGAAAACAAAAGGGCGAAAGUGGGGUGGACCAAAAAAAUCGCAAAUAAAAUCAGGGGAUGCCGCCUUCUGUUGGUCGCGCGCAAAAUUGAAAGUCGCCACCAACAAAAUCAGGGAAACACAAAGAGCACAAGCGAUGUUUUUUUAACAUUUUAUUUUCUUUCAAUUUGCGGCUUAAAAAAGUUAACUGUUUCCAUCAAAAUGCCCUGAACUGCAAUGACUAUGAUGUAUGUAAAUUUGAGC